ACUGUUUAUAUUUUUGUUCCGUGUUCAAGGGAGCGAAAAUAAUGUAGAAAAACGAAUGUCUCUAAAAAUGUAAAAGAUUCUUCWAAGUGUGAAUUAACAGUUACAAAGAACAACAAAUACCAACCAAGCACCACACAACCCCGACUUUAUUGCGGAGACGUUUCGUUCUCCUUCAAUGACACUCACGGGCGGUAGUUUUAUUAUAGGCAAAUAUGCGCCACCAACCGGUACACGCACACACCUAAGCUUUGCUUGCAGUAAGUAGCUAGCUCAAACCUACAGUGUAUGUUGGUUGCUGGCUUGUUGGUUUUCUUGCUCCCGGUGACCCGACCCGCGUUCAAUAUAAUUAUCGAACGACCGUUUAAAAAAAAAAAUGUUUCGAACGACCGUUUGAAAACUCAAAUUGUUGUUUUUUGUAAAUUGAAAUUGAUAACAAAACGUUGUCAUCAUUUCGAUCGCUAACGUACCCCACUUUCCCAACUCUGUUUAACCAAAUACUGUUUAACCAAAUAUAGUAACGUUAGCUAGCUAUCUUUACUUUAUGUGAUUUGCUCGACGACAACUUGUAAUCAACGAUAUGCCUAGAAACGCCCGCAAAAAGGACGCUGUCAAACGAGAGAGAAAAGCGAAAGUUAACAUAGAACCAAAGGGAACAGUUACAGUAAUCAACCGAGGACAAGAGAAAGUUCAACGUAAAAGGCCAGUAAAACCACCAGUCAAGUCGCCCGUGAAGCAGCAAACGAAGCCAGUAAAAAACCCAGGUGGUCGGGGCCUUGGGAAAGCAGGGGCUAGGCGUUUGGGUCAGCUAUUGAAGCGUGCAAUCCAAGAGAAGAAGAAUGUUCCUGGAAACGAAAAAGUGCCUUUGCCAACGACCCCAGUUCGUCUCUUCAAGUACCAGGCAGAGGCUGCAUCUGCACCAAAAACCAACGAUGCAAGGCGUGUGGCUACCCGGGUCUCCCAGCUCAUCCUUCGGGUAGUCUCCCAGUGCAAGCACCGGGGUGGCAUCUCCAUGGUGGACCUCAAGCAUGCCCUGGCUGCUGGUGGCUAUGAUGUCACCAAGAACAAUACCCGUGUGAAUUUAGCUGUGAAAGGCCUGGUGAGGAAGGAGACACUGGUGCAGACUACUGAAGCUGGUGCAUCUGGGUCAUUUAAACUCAACAAGAAACUGACGUAUGAGAAGAGAGUUAAGACAAGAGCCAUGAGAGACCGUGCAGCAGCCAAGAGAGCCAAGCAGAGAGAAUGUGCAGCAGCUCAGAGAACCAAGCAGAAAAAAGGAAUUUUGAAGCCAGCAGCAGAGAAAGGAAAGGCCUUGAAACCAACAGGAAAAGGCCAGAAACCAGGAACAAAAGCUGUGAAACCAGCAGGAAAAACUCUGAAACCAGGAGCAAAAACAACUAAACCAGCAGGAAAAACAGCUAAACCAGCAGGCAAGGACAAAACUGUUGUAGGAAAAGGUCAAAGGGAAAUAGGAGUAAGACCAAAACAAGUAGGCAAAAGCCACAAACCAGCAGGACAAGCAUCAAAAUCACCAGCCAAGGUCCAAAAAACAGGCUACAAAGCCCCUAAACCUGCAGGAAAGUCCUUGAAAGCAGCCAAUCAGAAAACCCGCAAAAUGGUUGUAACCCCCAUUACAAAGCCACGGAUAUAGUGACCUGGGGUUGCUAAAAGACGUGCUUCCUUGUGGAAAUGGACUGAGUAUGGACUAAAAGAGUAAUAUGUCAGUAGUAGAUAUGUCAAAUUACCUUAGCCUUACAACAGUAUGAUUGACAAAAUAUAACAUUGUAUUGGUUUUUAUUACAUUGUUACUCACAAGUUACAUGUACACUACCGUUCAAAGGUUUGGGGUCAAAUAGAAAUGUCCUUGUU